GGUGCAUUUCAUAUGUUUAGAAGUUCAAGUGCCACAAGUGAUUUUUAUUUGUUACUAAACAUUAUAAAAUUAUUAUAAAAUUUAAAAAAGUAUUACAAAAAAUGGAAGAACAUAAAUUUAUUUUUCGGCGGGCAGAAAUCGAUGACAUGAAGCCAGUUCGCGAAAUGAUACAGGAAUUAGCAGAUUUUGAAGAAAUGAGUGAUGGCCCAGAACUUACUGAGGAGGAUUUAAUACGUGAUUCGGGACUUAGUGGUGGCAAAGAAUAUUGCCAUAUUUAUAUUUUAGAACUUGAAAAAGGUGUUAAUAAAUCAGAAACUAUACCUAUUGGUUAUUCCAUUUGUUUUUUCGCCUUCUCAAUGUUUCAAUCUAUACGUACAUAUUUUCUAGAAGAUCUUUAUGUACGUCCACAAUAUCGUGGCAUUGGUGCUGGAGCUUAUUUGUUUCGAAAAAUUGCUUCAAAAGCUAAAGAAUACAAUAGUGAUAGCAUGGAUUUUCAUGUAUUAGCUUGGAAUCCAGCUCGAAAAUUUUAUCAAAAAAUGGGUGCCAUAAAUUCAACUGAAACUAAGGACUUACAUUUUUACCGUUUAACGGAACCACAAAUUGAAGCUUUAGCAAGGAAAUUAUAAUAUUUAUUAAGUUCGCUUACUGCUAUUUAUGAUGCAAUAUGUAUAUAUGGCUAAUAUAAAGUAUUAUGGAAUAAAGUUUUUCUAAUAAAAA